AAUUUAAAAAUUUAAUUUGUUUAGUGUAUAAUUAAUUACGAAAUAAUACAAUUCUAAAUCCUCAUUUAUUUAUAUUUAAAAAAUGUAUUAUGAAGCGGAUGAAGAACAAACAGACCUAAAGGCAACUGGCGGCCUUUGGGUUUGAGAGUAUUAAUCUCAACACCGAUCGUCUUUAUUUUUGAAUCAACUUUAUGUAAACAUACAAUGAGUUCUGCAAGUAAGGUUGGGGAGAUUUUCACUGCUGCUGGGGCGGCAUUCAGUAGGUUAGGAGAGCUGACCAUGUCUCUCCAUCCAACAGCUGAACCAAACCCUGCCAGUGGUAAAUGGACAGAGCAAGAAAUAGAACUACUAAAAUCAUCAGUGAAACGGUUUGGAGAAGAUCUGAAUAAAAUCAGUGAUGUCAUAAAAAACAGAACUACAUCACAGAUUAAAGCCCAACUGAAGAGGAAGGCAUAUGAAGAUGCUGGUUUACAGCCACCAACUGAUGCAUCACCAAAGAAACAAGUUUCACAGAAACCCACAAUCUCAGAACAACCACAGCCUAAAAAACAGAGAUCUUCAGCUGAAGUCACUUUAAGUGCCCUCAAUGCACCCGAGAGUGAUGUUGAUAUUGAAGGUUUAGGAGAAAGCUCUGCUUCAAAAAAAUUAGAAUUUGAUUCAGGGAAACAAAAUAUUUAAAAUGUCCUUACUACUACUACUUUCUUCUCCACUCUCUUAGGGCAUCAAAUUCAUCCUAUCACAAGCAGAUUUUGAUGUCUUAACUCUACAAGCUGAUUCUUACUGAAAAACUGAGAUUUCUGAAAUAUUAGGAUUUUUUUAAAUCACCAACUUAAACUAUAAACAUUAUAUGCAUGGGGAAAUGAAACUUGUAAAUGCUGUGACUUUCCUUUUGUAAGUAUGUUCAAAGAAGAGAGGGUCAAUUUCUGGAGUAACUUCUAACCACAAACGUCAGGAGUGAAGUCUGCUAGAGUCAUUCUAAGAAGACAUCAUGAAACACAUGUUACGUUUAUUUUAUUCAUCAUAUUGGUUAAUAUUAGGUUUUAAAUGAAUGAAAAAUGAUACCUUUCAAUCUUUUUAUCUAAACAAAGAAAAUCAAAGUCACAGCAUAAAUGGAACAUAAAGUAUCACUACUACCUUUAUUUACAACAGUAUCAUCAUCAAAAACAAAAGAUAUAUUUAAAAAAAGGAAUAUUUAAUAUCAAAUUGCCUUCAAUAUUUUCAAAAUGAGGUGAUUAAAACAAAUAUACUGUCACACAUUGUGAAAUUAAAAGACCAUUAUUUAAACAAUUUUAA